CCACCUAGGUUGGCACGCGCGUGCCUGACCGCUUCCGUGCACCACGUCAGGCUCUGACCCUGCUUCAAGCCACUCCUUUUCGUCGGCUGACCCCUGGUGGUCACGUGGAGCUGCUCGCCACGCAAGUCUGGGUCCUGAGAUCCAACGGGGUCCUUGCUGCCUGGGAGCCGCUCCUAAGCUGCCUGUUCGCGCGAGAGUUCGGAGGGGCGGGUUUGGGGUCGGUCUCUGGUGUGGGACUAGUACCGCAGCGCAUCUGAGCCCUGCUCCGACAUCCACUUAGGGCUCGAGGAGCUGGCUCAGGCAGUCGCCGGGGCACCCCGCGUCUGGAACGCGCAGGAGCACCCUGGAGAAGCCUGGACAGCCCGGCUCCCCCGCAGCCAGGUGCUAGGGUCGGGAGCUAAAGUGAGAGUCCGGCUGCCUUCCAGCGCCUGGGCCACGGCGGCGGCCCUGGGAGCAGAGCCAGCCACCUCGCUACCUCCUGGCCAGAAUCAGCUACUCUUCUUGCCAGCAGCUCCUCUGUGCCUGUCGUCCUUGCUUAAUCCCAACCACCAACCCAUGGCUGCCACAUAGCCCUGUGAAUCCUGGACAGCGGACGCUUAAGUACCAACAUCUAAGGCUUCACCUGUCGACGUAGUGUCUGGGUCUAAGCCCCGAGUACUGAGCUCGCGCCCUCACCCACCGCCCCGGGGCCUCCCGGGCCUCGAGCGCCGGAACAGAGGAGCCCCUUUGUGUCCGGGCCAUUUCCUGGAAAGUAGAGCCAGAUCACACUGAGGUGGAGCAACCCCAUUGCGCUAAAGAUGAAAGGCUGGGGUUGGCUGGCCCUGCUUCUGGGGGCCCUGUUGGGAACUGCCUGGGCCAGGAGGAGCCAGGAUCUCCACUGUGGAGCUUGCAGGGCUCUGGUGGAUGAACUUGAGUGGGAAAUUGCGCAGGUGGAUCCCAAGAAGACCAUUCAGAUGGGCUCUUUCCGAAUCAAUCCAGAUGGCAGCCAGUCAGUGGUGGAGGUGCCUUAUGCUCGCUCAGAGGCCCACCUCACAGAGCUGCUAGAGGAGGUGUGCGACCGGAUGAAGGAGUACGGGGAACAGAUUGACCCUUCCACCCACCGCAAGAACUACGUACGUGUAGUGAGCCGGAAUGGAGAAUCCAAUGAACUGGACCUACAGGGCAUCCGAAUUGAUUCAGACAUCAGUGGCACCCUCAAGUUUGCGUGUGAGAGCAUUGUGGAGGAAUACGAGGAUGAACUCAUUGAAUUCUUUUCCCGAGAGGCUGACAAUGUUAAAGACAAACUUUGUAGUAAGCGAACAGAUCUAUGUGACCACGCCCUGCACAUACCGCAUGACGAGCUAUGACCCACUGGAGCUAUGACCCACUGGAGCGGCCCAGACUGGCACGCUUGAUGGAUCGCCCCCAGGAGGGGAGGAGGGUGGCAAUGCCUUUUAUAUUAUGUUUUUACUGAAAUGAACUGAAAAAAUAUGAAACCAAAA